ACCACAGGGAGAGAGGGGGAGAAAUCUCCUCGGCAGCGUUUCCUUCCCCCACCCCCCCAACAGCAAGGCCUUCCUUUUGACUUGGGCCAAGAAAAAGGAACUGGGGCUGUGUUGGCUUCUUUCUAAUAUGACAGAUUGCUGGGUAAGGGCUUGACAGACUGCUAGCUGACUGUACAGCCUCUGAUGUGGGCAGAGCACAUUCUGGACGUCCCAUCUGAUCCUCACAGCAGCCCUGGGGAGGAGGAGAGCGGUCCUAGUAUUGUUCCCGUUUUACAGUGGGACAGAGCAGCGUGAGCCUUGGGCCCCACCUCCACCUCCACCAUGUUGGCCUGUCUGCAGCGCACCCAGAACCCACCCCCGCAGCACCUCCCAUGCCCCAACAAGACCCUGGAGCUCCGAAAGUGUGAGCCAGUGAGCUCCAUGCAUUCCCCGAGGUACCCGAGCCCAGCAGAGUUGGACGCCUAUGCCCAGAAGGUGGCCAACAGCCCCCUCAGCAUCAAGAUCUUCCCCACCAACAUUCGGGUCCCGCAGCACAAACACCUUAGCCGCACGGUCAAUGGAUACGACACGACGGGCCAGCGCUACAGCCCCUACCCGCUGCACGCCAGCGGCUACCAAGGCCUGCUGGCCAUCGUCAAAGCGGCGGUCUCCUCCUCCAGCUCCGUCUCUGCCCCUGCUGCUGUCUCCUCCUCCUCCUCUUCCUCCUCCUCAGGCAAAGGUGUGGUCAAGAGCGUGGAGGGCAAGCGGACGAAGCUGUCGCCUGCUGCUGUGCAGGUGGGCAUCGCGCCCUACCCCGUGUCGAGCACUUUAGGGCCCAGCGCUGUCCCCUUGGGCUACCACGGAGGGCAGAAGCCGCUGGAGGGGCCUGCUCCACCCCCUAACGUCACGGUGGCUGCCUCGGUCAUCCCUCUGGCCGGGCGUGGGCUGGCACUGCCACCAUCUAACCUGCCCUCCAUUCAGAGUAUCAUCUACCAGGUCAACCAGCAGUGCCAGGCACAGGGCUCCCAGCCAGCCUGCCAGGGGGUAGCGGUCACUCACCCCAGCCCGGCCAAGCGCACCGCGGCGGCCACCCCCGCCGGCUUCUCGGCCAUGGCUGGGUCCACCAUGGCCUACGCCAGCGCCAUGCUGCCCGACUGCCGCAAAGGGGCUGAGCUGGUUGUGGGGGCCACGCCAGCCAUGGCCCUGGGGGGCCUCAAGCCCGCCGGGUACCCGGAUGGCAGCGGGGCCGGCCUGGACUAUUUAAUCUGGCAGCAAAAGCCGCAGCAGCAACUCCGGCUAUACAGUGGGGGCAGCGGCGGGGGCGGGGCAGUGAGCAAGUCCCCCGAGGUGUGUGGGGGCGGGGCGGGGGCCGUGGCCGCCACCCGCCCCUACCUCCUGAGUGGGGCAGCCGGGGACAAAGUGAACUCCUCCCCAUUGAACUGCGUGGGCAUGCACGGGAACUUCUCCGUGGGCCCCUACUUCGCUCCCCCGUGGAACAGCAUCCUGGUCACCCCCAACAGUGACUGUUACAACCCCGGGCCGGAGCUGGGCCCGGGAGCCCGGGAGCUGGCUGUGCACCCGGCCGACGGGCUGUCGGGCCUCCCCAGCAAGACGGUAUGCAACACGUCCAUCCUGAGCAGCAGCCUCCAGUCCCUGGAGUACCUCAUCAAUGACAUCCACCCGCCCUGCAUCAAGGAGCAGAUGCUGGGCAAAGGGUACGAGACGGUGUCCGUCCCCCGGCUUCUGGACCACCAACACGCCCAUAUUCGCCUGCCUGUCUACAGAUAAGGCCCGAGGGCUCUGGUCCAGACGGACAUGAGGAGGGCAGGGAACAGGCCGGAGAAAGAAGGCCAGGAGCGAGAGGAAAAGGGCCACAUUCCCACCGUGUGCCCCUCCUCACACCUCCUCAGCCCCCAAGGGGGGAGGGGCCCAGGCCAGGGCAGCUGGGAGACCCUGAGAGGCUUUGGACACACGCUCCUGGGCCAGGAGGGAGGGGCAGAGCGGGGUCCUGAGCAUUCGGAAGUGGGGAGCAUAGGCAUCGGUUACUGCUGCUCUCUGGCAGACGGCGGGGGGCGGGGUGCUGCUUGGAGGAGAGGGGGCAGCGGGAGGUCUGACCAGAGCCCCGGAAGACAAGGCAGGAGGGUCCACGCCCACCCAAGCUCUGCCGUCGCUGUCCAGGGAAACCCUGCCCUUGCACUGCUUUGCAAAAAAAAAAAGAAAAAAAGAAAAAAGAAAGAAAGAAAAGUGAAUGACUGGGGACAGUCUAGAAAAAGCAAAAGAAACCACUUGGAAAACAUGGAUGAAACCACGUUUUAGUUACCCCUCCCGCCCACUUCUGUGUUGGCUGCUACCAAGACGGAGCCCAGUCCCCUCCAGCCCUUCCCACUUGUCUGGUACUGGGCUUCAUCAAAUCCUAGAUUGGAUGAGUGGAAGAUGGGGCGGAGCAGUCCAUGGGCUCCUACUAGGGGGCGGAGAGGGGCGGGGAGGAGGAAGGAUGGGGGAGGGGCCAGACUGUGGAAUCCCAUUUCCCUCCCACCUUGACUCCCUGGCCCUCUCCCUGCGGUCCACUCUGGAUGCAGCCCCCUAAUCCCCCAGCCCUCUUGGCAGAAAUAAAAAAAAGCCCAGAAGUAAAGGCCACCCGAGGAGGCCCCACGACUGUCCUGUCCCUGCCCUUCCCCCCCCCCAAUCCCCUGGGCAAGCCAGCUCUGCAGCAGUAUGCACAACCUCUUCCCCCUGGCCCAGGUUGCCUCCCUCCUGAGGCAUCCCAGGUGGGGUCGAAGCAGACACUACCCCCCCCAUCCAGGGCAGUCUUCAGGGGUCAUUGGAGCCUUUGGAAGGUCUCCAGACCCUGCUGCCCACUGGCCGCUCUCCUCCCUUCGUCUUCCCUAACCCAGUAGGAAUUAGAGAAACAUUAGAUUUUCAAAGCCCAGGACCCAUUCUCCCUAUCCCACCCCAACUAUCUCCUUUAUUUUCACCCUCAGAUUUUUGCUUUUCUGAAAUUAAUAAAAAGCAACCUGCCUGUCAUUCUCACUCCCCUCCCCCACCCCUAGCCACCAACUAAGUUAGUGGCUUUAUUUCCUGGUCCUUGAGUAUUUAUUUCACAUUUUCUUGGGACCCCCCUCCUAAGUCCUUCCCUGCCCCCAGCCAUUCCCCAGGUCCGCUGGUGGAGUGAGAAGCUUAGAAUCCCAGGGGGUCUGCAUUCUAGAAAGCCCCUCUGCUUCCCUCACCUCCCCUCACCUAGGGCCCCAAGCUCUUCUUCCCCUCCUGCCCACUGGUCGCGCUCAGACAGAAAGCGUUCUGCAAGGCCUGUGCAAGCACUAAGUGCAUUUACAAAUCUCUGAGAAUGUUUUUUGUACUAAAAUUGACCAUUAUAUUCUACUGUGAGAAGUGCUGUCUGCACUAUAUUGUUUUAAAAAGAGAAAAAAGAAGAAAAUGCGGAUGUA